AAAGGAUGCGUCAAAUCAUAGUUGAUAGAACUUCACAAUUAACAGAAGAAUUGUCAUAUCAAUCAAGGCAUAAUUCUCCCCUUCUGAGAAGAAUAGAAGUUAUUUUGCUGGAAGAAGAAUAUUAG